AUGACCACCGACCCAAUGGACCGAGUUAUGACCACUAUGACUAGUGGGAAGUCAAGAAGUGGCAGCAGCAGCUCCUCAACUCGUACUCCAAAACGAGAUCAUCGCUCUCCGACAAAUGACGAGCCAUCGUCUAAACGAAGCGCUAUUAGCUUUACCACACCCUCUUCAACUACCCGAAUUGGCCGGGAUUCGUUCGCAGUCAUGGAUUCCAUUCCCGUUCAAUUGAAUAUGUUCACUUUGAAUCUCUCGAAUAUGCCACCAACAAUUGAGCGACUCCAUGUAGACACAAUAAUCAUUUGUAACAAUGGAACAGAGAUCAACCUGAAUGAUGGACUAGUGGCAGUCAGUGGAGAUGUCAAUUCUCACAAUCGUCGUCUCUCGCAACACAAAUUGAUGCGCAAGUUCUAUGAGAAGAAGAGCCAUAUUUUCGGUGGAAAAAGCUAUCACUCAUUGGCAUAUGAUUGUGCAGCGACUCUCUACAUUCCAUCGGGAAUUUACAUUGGAGCGGACGAAGAGGAAGCCCUUCUUUCCGAAGACGAUUUCUCAUCUGAAGAUUGGAUUGAUGUUUCCAGAAUUUGUCGCCGAAAAGAUGAUAAAUUCUUGGUUAGAAUCAAACCAGCAGGUUUCGUGGAGACACGUGGAGUUAAUUCGUUGGAAGUGGCGAAUCGGAUGGAAUUGACGCGUUGUGUCGAGAUUGUCACAUCUCAGAAACUGAACUCAUCAGAUUUCUAUCAAUUCGGCAAUUCCACGUUUCCCCUUCGUGCUCAAGUAAAGUCUUCGUCUGAUGCCACAUACGAAAUCCGCCCUGGAUUCGCUAAAGUUGCUCGUGUAGUCGAAGGCCGUGAAGGUGUCAACGAGAUGUUCAUGACGAUUGACACAAAGCUUUCUCCAUUCUACAAGAGCAGUUCAGUGUUGAAAUUUGUCUCUGGAAAGUAUGCAGAGUCUCGAGGCGGUGGGGGUGGAUUCGGAGGAGGUGGUAGAGGUAGAGGUGGCUUCAGAGGACGCGGUGGUGGCAGAGGAGGUUAUGACAGUGGCCGCGACAGCUCAAGAGACUCCCGAGGUAGUUAUGGUGGUGGACGACGCGAUUCGAGAGAUUCAUACGAUAGACGAAGCGAUUCUCGAGAUAGUCGCCAUGGAGGACGAGACUAUCGGGACAGCAGUAGAGGAGACCGCCGCGAUUCUUAUGAUUCCCGUCGCAAUAGCGGCGGAGAUUCCAACGGUGUUGACUAUAAUCAAACUGAUAUCGCGGAAGUGGAGAAGGCUCUCAAAAAUGGUGGAAGUCUUCUGAAUUACAUUGAACAGGCUCUGAAGGGUAUUUUCGUCGAAGCGAUUCAUUUGAAGAACAGUUCAAGACAGAUCAGAAUCACUGGAUUGUUGAAGAGCUCGGCUGAGGACGCCAUUUUCACGAUGAAAGAUGGAGAUAGAGAUAGUGAAAUCUCAGUAGCCGAUUAUUUCUUCAAGGAGUACAACAUCAAACUCAAGUUUCCCCACUUGCCACUUGUCAUAUCCAAACGAUUAAGACUCGAAAGUUUCUAUCCGAUGGAAGUUCUCCGCAUCAUUCCAGGACAGCGUAUCAAGGCGAAUAAAAUGACACCCACCAUUCAAAUGGAAAUGACCGGAAAUAAAUCGUCUAUGCCAAAAGAUCAUGUGAAUCUUGUUCAGGAAAUUCUAUGGAAUUCUUUGAAACUCCAGAAGAAUGCGUAUAUGGACGCGUUUGGCAUCGAAAUGGAGUCGACGAAGCCAGUUCAUUUGAAAGCAAAACUCUUGCCACCAGCAAUGAUUAAGUUCAAGAAUCAGGCUUUCAUGCCUGAAAUGGGUCUGCCGGCUUUCCGGAACCCGGGAGGUUUCAUUGAUCCUGCUCGUCUUCAUCGUGUUGCCAUCGUGGUUUUUGAUAGAGCCAUUGAAAUGAGACAAGCAGAGGACUUCUGUGAUAGACUCUACGAUUAUUGCCGCAGCAAUGGAAUCGAAGUUGAAUCAAAACCUAAAGACUGGUCUAUUCGUGAAAUGAAUUCGGAAGACAACGUUGCUAUCAAAGAAGUGAUGGAAAGAUGGUUGAAAAAAGAUGUCGAUAUUGUUGUCGGAAUCUGCAAAGAGAAGAAGCCAGAUGUCCAUGACGUGUUGAAGUAUUAUGAAGAGUCGAUUGGAAUGCAAACCAUUCAAUUAUGUGCUCAAACUGUGAACAAGAUGAUGCAGGGACAAGGAGGACGCACCACAAUUGACAACGUCAUGAGAAAAUUCAAUCUGAAGUGUGGUGGAACCAACUUUUUCGUUGAGAUUCCCACUACGGUUCGUGGAAGAGCUGUGUGCUCUAAUUCAGAGACGUUGACCAAGAAAUUACUCGACAAGGUUCAGUUCAUCGGCUUUGAGAUCUCACACGGAUCUUCCCGCACUCUUUACGAUCGUUCUCGCAAUCAAAUGGAUGGAGAACCAUCUAUUGUCGGUGUCUCCUACUCGCUAACCGAAUCAACACAACUCGGAGGAUUCAGUUACAUGCAAACUCAAAGAGAAUACAAGAUCCAAAAGCUCGAAGAAGCGAUUCCAACAUGUGUGAAGGCGUACAAGAAGCACUCAAGACAUCUUCCAUCUCGAAUCGUCAUCUAUCGUGUUGGUGCCGGAGAAGGAGAUUUCAAGCGAGUCAAGCAAGAGGUGGAUGAGAUUCGUUCAUCAUUCGGCAAAAUUGAAGACGGAUAUGCUCCACAACUUGUUGUGAUUGUCGCUCAAAAGACUUCACACGCUCGCAUUUUCCCGGCUUCAAUCGAGGGAUUCAAAGCCUCCGAGCAGAAUGUUCCAUCAGGUACUUGUAUUGACAACGUCGUCACUUCAUUCGGAUACGAUGAAUUCAUUCUAAGCUCACAGUCUCCAUUGAUUGGAACAGUGCGCCCAUGCAAGUACACAAUCCUUGUCAACGAUCCAGACUGGUCAAAAAAUGAGUUGAUUCACUUGACCUACUUCCGCGCUUUCGGACAUCAAGUCUCGUAUCAACCGCCAUCCGUGCCAGAUGUUCUUUACGCCGCUGAAAACUUGGCAAAACGAGGAAAGAACAACUACAAGGUGCAUCAACGAUAUGUGAGUGUACAGGAUAUCGAACGUCGCAUCAUCGAUGAGAAUCCUGAUCUCAUCAGCGAGGAAAUGAGGGAGCAGCUGGCUUCGGCUAUCGUUGACGAUAUGUCGAACUCUAUGAAUCAGAUGACAAUCUCGAGAAGAAACUUCUGGGCGUGA